AUGGCGACAGUCACUGUGGAAAAGCUCCGCGAGAGCCUGGUCUCCGAGGCCACUCCCCUGCCCCUCCGCUUUCGGGCUCUCUUCUCCUUGAAGCACAUGGCCGUCACGGACAAGAGCGCUGCGGGCCCCGCCAUCGAGGGCAUCGCGGCCGCUUUCGCGUCACCUUCUGCCCUUUUGAAGCAUGAACUCGCCUACUGCUUGGGCCAGACGGCCAACGAUGCCGCAGUCCAACCCCUGCGUAAAGUUUUGUGCGAUCUAGAGGAAGAUUCCAUGGUACGCCACGAGGCCGCGGAAGCCCUCGGUGCCCUGGGCCACGCUGAGAGCCUGGAGCUGCUGAAGCACUUCCGUGAUCGCGAGGGCGAGGAUAUAUCUGUCGUUGAGACUUGCGAGAUUGCGAUCGAUCGUAUUGAAUGGUCCAGCUCCCAGGAUAGACAAAAGGAAAAGCUCAAGCCAAGUGAUUUUGCGUCCAUCGAUCCUGCGCCACCGGCCGUCGAAACUGAACAAAACGUCGAAGAACUCGGAAAACAGCUAAUGGACGAGAAUUUACCGCUCUUCCUGCGAUACCGCGCCAUGUUCUCUCUGCGGGAUCUGGCCUCGCCGCCAGACCUGCCCACUGCCGUCCCCGCCGUCCUUGCGCUCGCCAAGGGUUUAGACGAUCCCUCUGCGCUGUUCCGACACGAGAUUGCUUUCGUCUUUGGCCAGCUCUCACACCCUGCUUCGAUCCCCGCCCUGACAAAGGCACUCAGCGACGUCAACGAGGCAAGCAUGGUGCGCCACGAAGCUGCAGAGGCUCUUGGUAGUCUUGGAGAAGAGGAGGGCGUUGAAGAUAUUCUCAGACCUUUUCUCCAUGACAAGGAAAAGGUAGUUCGCGAAAGUAUAAUUGUUGCGCUCGACAUGGUCGACUAUGAGCAGAGCGGAGAGGCUGAAUAUGCGUUGAUCCCAGAAGUCGCUGGUGCUUCGGCCUAA